AUGAUCUAUGAGAGGCAUGUUAGAUCCUUAUGUACAGUUUACAAUAUAAUAACAGUUUGCCUUGCUGGUUUCUUAAUGUUGAGUCAAGGACAUGUACCAAGCACGACUUCCCUCACUCUGUGCCAUGUGUGUUAUAAACAUUUUAAAGUGGGGCAGGAUGGUACUCUCGUUAGACAUGGCGGAAAAGUGAAAGGCUCAGAAUGUCCGGGAUCUUUGAAGCACCCACCUUCGAGCAGAAAACGAAGGUCGCUCAAUGUCGUCAACGCCAACAUCUCAAAGACGAGUGAAGACUCAAGGGUCCUUGAUACCGCUGUCGAUAUGAAGAGUAAAUCGUCACUGGCUGAAAAAUUUGUUGAAAAAUCAUCGGGCUGUCGGUUAGUUGACCAUGUGCCCAAGCAAUCACGUGGUAAGUUUGGCCGGAUGUUGAAGGAUAUUUUGAAUAACAUCUGUGAUAACCCAUCAAAUGCCAUUCUCUGGUUCAGGUUGCUAUUCAUUCCCCGCUUGAUUCUCCGAAAGGAUCUUCGAGGUGGAGGAAAAAAAAACAUCAGCGCAAAAAUUAAUAGCAGAUUAGAUGCUUUUGGAGAGGGCUCAUUGGAAGAGUUGAUGAAAUCUGUCGAACCAAUUGUAAAGGGGCAAGAUGAAAGGGUUCGUAAACCAAAGCUUAGUGCUUUAGUCAAAUGCAAAAUAGAACAGGGAAACGUGAGAAAUGCUAUGAGGAUUUUAGCAUCGACGGAUACGAUGGCUCCGGAUUCGACAGACACUAUCAACUCCCUAAAGGACAAACAUCCUCCCGCUCCGUUAGACAGAAAACCAAGUCCCAACAAAGAAUCGACAAGCGUUACAGUUAAUCCCCAACAAAUUAUGUUGUGCUUGAGGCAGUUUCCAAAAGGAACCUCAGGAGGUAGAGAUGGCCUAACCCCACAGCAUUUAAGGGAUUUAACGCAUGAUAAAAUAGAAACAUCAGAACUUAUCAGUGCCAUGACCGGUUUUAUCAAUCUGCUGUUGAGUGGCGUUUGUCCACCCGAGAGAACAUUGCUAAGUGCCCUUCUGUGCGAGACCCUGUACACUAAUAUUGUCUGUUGA